AGGUGUGCUGCGCCUUUAAAGGAGGGCUGUUUGACUCCUAGGCGUGUUUCUUUGCCAUUGAUGAAGCAGUACACUCAGGAAGCUUGCGGGGAGAAUCACAGGGAAGAGUGGGGAAAGGAAUAAAGCGGUCGCUUGCCGUGUCCAGGAAUCAUCCUUACUUUAACACGACAGUCACACCUCGAACAGGAGGACCAUUAUAAAAUAUAAAAAAGAAACAUGCAGAUAUCUUAAUCGCGUGAUUGACAAAGGUAAAAGGAAGUCGCGUUGGCAUGAGAAAAAAGCAAUUGCAGUAAAUUGAAAUGAAUGCAUUUCCGAGGACCUCCAUGUGGUAAAGCAGACAGAAGAAUCGUGGAUUUUUGUGACGAGACAGACGGUGGUGAACAUUCUGAAUGUGCUGUGCAAGAACUGGAUGUUAUCGAGAUCUUAAUAAGGGGACGUGUACAGCAAGUGUGGAUUGCAGAAAAACGAAACGCCACUCGUGUUGGAAAAAUUGAUUUCUCUGAAUAAACGUGUCUCCUAAAUGUAUAUUAUCCUUAUUAAAUGGUGGAAUUUCGAAAAUAUAUCAAUGCAUUUACCACAGGAGUAAGCUUGACUAAAAAAUAUACAAAUGCAUGUAUUUUAAGUAAGAACUAAAAUAUUCUAAAGGGUAAAAAAAAAAAAAAAAAAAAAAAAAUGCAACCAUAAAGCCAAGAAAGACCAGAGCAAGCGUGAAUAAUUUGUUUACCAGCAGUACUGCGGUGGAAGUAAAAUACUUCUACAUAUUUAAAUAAGACACUGCAGAAGGUUUAUUGUUUGUUUAAAUAUGAAAAAGAAAUAUAUGAUUUGGUUGUUGGGGUGACAGACAAUUGGAAUGUGAAGCCCUGGCGGUGGGACAGUCAGUCGUGGUAGAAAUUUUAAAGGAACAUUUGGUGUGACUCAAAUACACUUAAAAUACUUAAACAAUCAAUCAAUUCACACAAAGGCAAGAAAAUGUCGGCCGUAAUGGUAUCUAAGAAGGUGUUACGAAAAUGGGAAAGGCUCCCUGGGAAAAACACAUUUUGCUGUGACGGGAGAGUCAUGAUGGCAAGACAGAAAGGCGUGUUUUAUCUAACCUUGUUUCUCAUCGUCGGGACCUGCGCGCUGUUCUUCGCAUUCGAGUGCCCAUACCUGGCGGUUCACCUGUCCCCUGCCAUCCCCGUCUUUGCCAUCAUCCUGUUCUUCUUUGUCAUGGCAACGCUGCUGCGCACCAGCUUCAGUGACCCGGGGGUGCUGCCCAGAGCCUUGCCCGAUGAGGCCACCUUCAUCGAGAUGGAGAUCGAGGCAGCCAAUGGGAACGUCCCAGCUGGCCAGCGCCCGCCUCCCCGGAUCAGAAACGUUCAAAUCAAUAACCAGAUUGUGAAGCUCAAGUACUGCUACACCUGCAAGAUCUUCCGUCCGCCCCGCGCCUCCCACUGCGGGAUUUGUGACAACUGUGUCGAGCGUUUUGAUCACCACUGCCCGUGGGUGGGGAACUGCGUGGGGAAGAGGAACUACCGCUACUUCUACCUGUUCACGCUGUCGCUGUCCCUCCUCACCAUCUACAUCUUCACCUUCGACAUCGUCCACGUGGUGCUGCGCUCUGUGGAUUCUGGGUUUGUCAACACCCUCAAAGAUACCCCUGGAACUGUCUUGGAGGUCGUGGUCUGCUUCUUCACGCUGUGGUCUGUGGUGGGACUGACAGGCUUUCAUACCUAUCUGGUGUCACUCAAUCAAACCACCAACGAAGACAUUAAAGGCUCGUGGUCGGGGAAGAACCGGGUGCAGAACCCCUACAGCCACCGAAACAUCAUGAAGAACUGCUGUGAGGUGCUGUGCGGGCCAAUGCAUCCCAGUGCUCUGGACCGGCGUGGGGAAUUGGUAGAGUUGCCCUUGGCCCCUGUCCCAAUACCAGCCUCAAAGAACAAUAAGGAGAACCCGCAAACUACUAAAAACACGGCACCUCUGAUUCCCAACGAGCACACCCCUGAUGAUGUGAAGUCCAGCAUAGCGCCGGAGCUGGAGGGGGGCGUGGAAGAAAAGCUGUCCCCUUUGAAAAACAAGUCCCCUCCCAGCGAGCCGCCCACACCGCCCCCAGCAGACACGGCAGAAUCCACCACCGAGCUGGAGGAGGCCUUUUAACUGCAGGCUGGGCUUGGCCAGUCUCCAGAAGGGGAGGACGCCCUGAAUGAUUUCUUUUGCAGUAUUAAACAAUAACGAUACAUUCUGUGGAAGUGGAAAAAAAGCAUCUUCGUUUGUAACUCUGCCUUUGUCCGGGAAACCGAAGAACUCUUGUGAGUCUCGUCUUAUCAUUCCGCCCAAUCGGCUAGUCCCCGUCACUUGUGGGGGCCUUGCAUUCCUGUUUGUGCAUUGGGCAGGUUUCUGUGUCAUUGAGAAAUGAUGAAGGUGUGUUUUUUUUUUUGUGAAGCCCGACAGUUGUUUUGGGAUAGAUUGAAGGAUAUGACCUCGGAGGCAAAAUUUAAACGCCAUUCAUGGGACAGAAGAAAUCAAACUCCAAACCCUUUCAAAGGCAGAAGAUAUCCAGCUUUGCAGACAGCUGCGAGUUGAUGGCUUGUUCUGAAGUGUUGUUACUGUUAAUAAUUUCUGUUGGUUUGUCUUUUUUGAUUUGUUUACGUUAUGAGAUAUAGUGAAAUCAGGUUUACUCAUAUGAAUUUAUACAAAAAAAAAAGAAUUAAAAAACAGACCCGACUUGAAGUACAGGACUUGGUCAUCUGCUCCUGGAAAAGUCUUGCUAAGAGAACCUAAUGAAAUAUCUGAAUCACUGCACAGAAUAAGAUUACAUUUUGCAGUGAUGGGAGUGCAUGGCAUAAUGCUACAGUGGCACCUCUUGUAAGUUCAUUAAUGAAGGCAAUGUGUUUUGUAGAGGAAGUCACCUUGGAGAACACAUCCAGUCUCCUUAAAGUAGAAUGAUGGUGUCUUUCAAUACUUCCCAAUGACAGCUGUGUUGCUAUAACAUGGAUUGAUAUUUUUAUUUGACUUGCAAGAAGAUUGACCCAAUUUUCUUCUUUCCCUUAUGCAAAACCAUUAAGAUCUUUGACUGCUGUGGCACUGUGUGUGUGUGUGUGUGUGUGUGUGUGUGUUUUAAUUUGGUCAACUCUUUGACUUCCAAUCCUGAUCUCUUGUGUGGUUUGUAGUUUGCUUGGCUGUGGACAAUAGGGUUUUGUGUUUUUAGUGUUGUAAUUGUGGUUUCUUUUUAUAGUUUUCAUUGCAAUACUGUACAGUGUUUUGCUACAUAACUGUGAUGGCCUGGUUUGUUUUGUGUGUUUGGAGACAGGCUGCUCUUUCACUCCUCCACAACGUUGAAGGACAACAGCAGAAAAACGAGGAAUCCUUGGCUUAUUACAGUUGUGUAAUCUAAUCCCGAAGGGCCAAUUUCACUGCCAUGUCUUGUUGGAUCCUAUUGGUGCCAAGAAUAUGCCGUUCAUUUAAUUGGAGCACCUACAUUGUUGCAGAAGGGAGCAUAAACAAGAAGGGUUUUGUUUUGAGUGUUAUGUGUUUGUACCUGUGCCUUAUUUGAAGCUGCACUAUCCCACGUUUCACACAAUUGAGUUAGAACAUUUGUGAAGAAGCCUCUGCACUUCAAUCCGUGGGUGGUUUGGAACUCCCUUGGAGAACGUUUCUUUGGCAUCAGCAUGACAUCGAUAUUAAAAGCCAUUUUAUAUCGCAGAGGGAAGGGAUGUACAAUCUAUAGUGUAGAUCUGGGCUAAACAAUUUUGUUGCAUGCUACACGUGACAAUUUAAAAAAAUAAAAUAAUCUGACCUCUCCGGUCAGGAAAUGCUGAGCUAUCUGUAAUCUGGGUGGAAUGCAGCCUGGAUAAUGUACUGUUUAAAGAACAGGUUUAAUUGUCUUUUGUCCUCCUACUGAGCCAGAAAAAGAUUUGCAAGACUGGCUGUGGGCCCUUCCUAGCAGUAUUAUUAAUAUCAAGCAAGGUUAAAAAUGGUGUACAAGUCAAUGCUACUAUUUUUUGUUUAUCUUAGUUAUUUGAUAAAUAACUAAUUUGUUAGAAACCAGCUGUAUAUUCAGUCAGCAGUUUAACGCGACAAAGGGACUUUCCAUGUUAAGGUUAAUUGAACAUCACAAGAUUUUUGGUUUCUGUGAGUUUUCUGGUGACUUUUUAGCGGUGUUGCCCGCACGUAUCCUAUUGCAUAUAAUUAGAGCAGUAAUGACGUCUGGGAUGGGGGAUCGAUUAGAUGAACCGUAGAGCCUCAGUUCUGUCUGUGAGACGGUUUGUUUCCAUCUGCAUCAGCCCAAGAUCGUAUCGGUUUGAACUGAGUGAGGGGCAAUUUUUAAUCCUAGGACAGUAUUUUUCAGACAGUGGAAAAAGAGUUGACAUUUCCAGAAUGAGUACAUAACAAACUGGACAGACUUUUUUAAAAGAGAGAAUUUCAACAAACAAAAAGACAAUCCGAUUAAAUACUGAAGCUGUUUUGUAGGCUUUCUAGGAGAGUUAUUGCUUCAUCAAAGUCCAGAAGGUUUGGAUAUUAACUGGGCAAUAAUUAACACUGUUACCAAGUAAUGUUUUAUUUCCCUACAUUAACCAAACCCUAAGCCUUAUUACCAGGUAUCUUCAGGAAUAUUGAAAACUACAUCCAUAACUGUAGUUAGUUUUUGCUCAGUUAAUAACAAGAGUGGCCUAUUUGGCAACUCUUGUUGUGUGAAUACAGUGUGCACCCUCUAAAGCCAUCCCUCUAGGAUGAACCCUAUACCUCAGGAUUUUUUGUUCCAGGUGUAGAACUUACAUGCUAGUGACCAAAAUCAAAAUGUAAGUAUGUCAAGUCUUGAUGCAAACAAUUCAAGGGUUUGUAAUUAUUCUUUGUUACUUAUAAUUAAAGCAAAUGACAGUGAGAGAGAGAGAGAGAGAGAGAGAAAUAAAAAAAAUCACUUGUAUAAUUUACCUUCCCUUUUGCUUUGUAAUAACACUGUGAUUUAUGUAGACAAUUAUUUUAUUUAUGUACAAUUCACUUUCAUUUAGUGUUAGUUUUUUUUAAAUGAAGGAUUCAUUUGAUUGAUGUGUGUUUAAAUAAUUAAAAGAAGAAAAUGCUCUUGUCUUUUAUCUGUGUUAAAAGGGUUGCUGUAAUCUUUGUUUUCAAGCCUGUAUCAGGGCAUUCAUUUAGGGACAACAUAGCAUUACUAACUGUAAGUUAUUAGCCACAUGCUGAUCUGAAAGUGGUUAAAACAACCCGGGCUGAGGCUCUGAACUUCACAAUGUGGUCAACUAGGAGAAGGUAAUGCCUUCUGUACUCUACAGCUAGAACAGUAUCGGCUCGCUGGCCAGCCCUAGAGUAUUUCAUAUUUUUACUGAUAUUUAAAAACAAUGAAAUACGUUAUAAAAUAGGCUUUUUUAUGUACUUGCAUUUCUUUAGGUCUUAUUUACUACUUAAGGCCACACAUGGCCACGUUUUGCAGACUGGAUAAUUUGUUUAGUUGGUUGGAAGCUGGUGCUGUUUUUAACAGCAGUCUUGAUAGUCAGAAUGCGAUCCAGUAUGGCUGUAGACAGUUGAUUUCUACGUCUGCUUUUCGAAGGUUCAUCUGAGAAAAAAAAAAGUUUCUAAUUUUUGCUGUACUGUGUGGUAAAGCCAAUAUAUUAAUGCCAAACUUGGCAACUGUAGGAAAACGUGGCUGUCCCGUCUAACAUCCAUCAAGUCAGUCAUUUGGUACUGCGUACGUUCCAGUUCCAGGCUAUCCAGCAUAUUUCCAAGAACAAUCGGGAAAAGCAUUGCAAGCUAGAAGUGGAAUUGCUUCUGUGGCUCAGCUUCAGAAGCCACAGCUUGACCAGGGACACAAUAUAAAAAACAGAUUUUCCAAUGAAGAUUAGCACGGACAUUUUUUCAUAUAGAGUAUUAACACUCUUAGCAUAUGCCGUGGUAUUUACCUGAUAGACCUAAUUUGUAAUAGGUUUGAUAAUCCAUCUUCUUUUCAGUUGUGCAAUAAUAUUCAUGAUUCUCAACUCCAGAAGUGUGCAAUCUCUGAAAAGGGUAGUUAAUCUCAUGUACUGUCACUGUCUCAAGCAGACGGGUGCUGCAGUGGGUUAGUUGACUAGCGUGUUGUGUAGGUCCUUUUUCUGGGACUGGUUUUAAAUCCAGCUGAUUCAUUAGUUGCAAAGAAUUGGUUCAUGCCCCUUAUACUUAAUGCAAAGCAAGCUUUUCCAUGGAAGUGAGAUGGCACAGUGGGCUAAUUCACAAACAAAUUGUGAUGUUCCCCUUGGAGUAGUAGCGAUUCCUUCCUUUAUCUCCAAAUAAUUGGUUAAUUGACUUUUCUGUGAGUACUGGGUUUCAUUCAAGGCAAUUCAUUCCUGUUUUGUCGAACAAGUGGUUAACUUGCCUUAUAAUUGGUGUGAAACACACCUUUCCUGAGGGAGGUGGUGGUGCAGUGAGCUAAUCCCAUGGCCGCCUCUACCUGAAGGCAGCGGUUUGAAUCCAGCUCCCAGAGGGGAGUUCCUGGGGUAAGUAUUGAUGUUGGUUGUGUUUCCAUAGAUGGAGAAGACCUACCCUGUGGAGGGAGGAGAGUGUAAGGUGGGGGUGUUGAAGAGAAGAGGAAGGAGGCAAACUGCAUGCACAAGUCUUAAGUGAGACUUGUGCAUCUACUCCAAGGAGAAUUAUUUGAAAAUAGUGAGGAAUCCCCAGGAUUUUAACCCAGUACUCCAAAGACAUCAGCACAGUAUGUUUGUCAGUUAUCACACUGCACCACUCGGCUCCAUGCCAGAGUCUAGCAUUGCGAAUAAGCCUAUAUCAACCUCUAUAUUAUUCUUUGUAUACUUCAGUGCACUGACACCAGUCAAAAAGAGCAAAGUCUUUGAAAAUGAAAAGAAAACACAUGCCCUAACAUGGGUUUAAAUCCACUAACAGAGCUACCCAGCUGCCUGCUGUGUGAAAACAUUACAUAUUGUAAUUUCAUAGACCUUCAAUGUUGU